UAGAAGGUACGAAAGUUCCACCAUAAUGCUGUUGAGCGAUCCUCCCCACGAACCAGAAAAUGGCCAAGAAGAAGUGGUAUGCAGUUACCGCUGGACGAGCGGUUGGACUGUUCGAUAACUGGCUACUCGUCGCGCCGCUCGUCAUUGGCGUCUCCGAGUCACAUUAUGUGAGCUUCACCUCUGAAGAAGAUGCCUGGGAGGCAUACGAGGAAGCGAGAGGGGAAGGGAAUAUACGAAUUCUUCCCGCUGGUGGCAAGUCCAAGUCGUCGCGGUCGUGUAAUCCUUCCCGGAGUGACGAGCACCAUUCAUCUGCUACUAAUGCUGAUCCCGAGCCGUCACAAGGAUGCAAUGCCAUCUUGACUACUGCUGUCACUUCUCCUCCAGAGAUGGUAACGUUGGUAGGAGGGAAGUCUCCUGCGAGCUCCAAGGCUGGCCCUGCUGCAGCGCCACCUUUUCCUCUCGCUCUCUCAUUGUCUAGCAAGGCGACUAGGUCUAUCAAGACAGAUGAAUUCGUGCGCCUCUACGUCGCCUCUUCUUCCAAGACGGAGAGUGAACCCACCAAUGUGUCCCGUAGUAAAGGCAGCCCUGGUGGAGGCCGUACCACCCCCGUUCUUCCCAAAGUCAGGCGCAUCGUAGUCCAGACACCUUCCUUUCUUUGUCCGUAUCCCGACGAACCUGAAAGCCCUGAUGAUGAACAGCCCGUGUCGCCUUCGCCUGCUGAUUUACUGAGCCCUCUCACAUCUCCCCGUUUACACACUCCGGAACCCUACGAGGGACCGUUGAGUCCUCCACCACAGGCUCAAAAGUCUCCAGGAUGUAGGCAGCAUAGUACGGCUAGUAGUAUAAUGUUGGCCAUGCGCAUGGCUCCUUCUCAAGUAACUGGUGGGACAUUGUACGAUGCUGUGGCGGACCCUCGUUCACCUCUGGCGAAAACGGCUUCAAUUCCUCGAGAUAGCCGGCCGUUCCGUCGUCCUUCCCCCAAUUAUAGUCUUUACGGUGCUCUGGUAGGACCUGAUUAAUAAUGGAAUUUGUUACUUUUGUUGCUGUAUCUUGUGCUUCACAUAUAUAUAUGCCUUCCCUGUAGAAAUAAUAUAAAAUACGACUGUGGUAAAUAACG